AUGGUGGUAGCUUUGUCUGUUGUGGGCUCAUCUGUGAUGGACUCACACACUAGUCCAUGUUUGUGUUUGGAUGCACUGCCUACAACUAAUAUUGGUCUUAAGAACAGUGGAGACUUGGUUUUGCAAAGGAGUUCAAUAAAGAGAAAGCAAUUAACAAGGCCGGGAUCAUUGGAAUUGGGGAGUUCUUUUGUGGACUCAUGGCAUGAUUGGAGGCUAUCAUCGAAAGCUAUUUCAGGUAUUGUUUGUAGGAGAUCCAGGAAACAGAGAAAGGAUCGGGGACUUGUGGUUGUCAACGAGUUGGCAGGGCAAUACGAGGAUAGUUUUGAGGAUGUCAAAACGCAAAUACUCAACUAUUUCACAUACAAAGCAGUAAGGACUGUACUUAACCAGCUCUACGAGAUGAAUCCAACACAAUAUACAUGGUUUUAUAAUUUUGUUGCACAAAAUAAGCCUGGAGACGGCAAGCUAUUCAUUCGCUCUCUUGGGAAGGAAAAGCAGGACCUUGCAGAAAGAGUGAUGGUCACACGCCUUCACUUGUAUGGGAAAUGGGUUAAGAAAUGUGAUCAUGCUGAAAUAUAUAAAGAAAUCUCUGAGGAGAACUUGGAGUUGAUGCGUGAACGGCUCACAGAGACUGUGAUAUGGCCAUCAGAUGAUACGAACACAGAGAUGAUUGGCUGA